GGCAGCUGAGGCGGUGCCCAACCAUGGGCUGUCAUGGUGCGCGUAGCACUGCAGAUGUGUCCAGCCACGCGUGACCACGCAGGUCAUUUAACGUUUACAGUGGGUUCUGGGGCUUGCUGGUCGGGCUCUGCUGUGACAGGCGAUCCCCUGCGGAACCCGCUGCGCGAGGCCGUGGGGGUGCGGGGGCGAUGAGGAGGUGAGGGAACGGUUGUUGGGCGCUGGCGGCCGGGGCGCGCGCGGCGGGGCAGGAGCCCCUCACGCUGGUACUGCUGUUGUGCGGCGGAGCGGCGAGGAGAGCAUGGGGCCAGAGGACCUGGCGCAGAAGAUCAGUAUUAACGCCGAGAGCCUCCGAGGGAGCGAGAGGAACGACUUCGGCACCACGCUGGCGGGCGCUGAAAGGGUCCCCCCCAGCACCUGGAGGCAGAAGUGUGCGGCCUAUGUGCUGGCCCUUAGACCCUGGAGUUUCAGUGCUUCCCUCACCCCCGUAGCCCUCGGCAGUGCUCUGGCGUACCGGGCUGAGGGAGCCCUAGACCCAGGGCUGUUGGUGGGAAGCGCUGUGACCGUCCUGGCUGUGCACGGAGCUGGAAACUUGGUGAAUACCUACUAUGACUUCUCCAAGGGCAUUGAUCACAAGAAGAGUGAUGACAGGACUUUGGUGGACCGGAUUUUGGAGCCUCAGGACGUAGUCCGGUUUGGAGUCUUCCUUUAUACUGUGGGCUGUAUUUGUGCUGCUGGGCUCUAUGCUGUCUCAACGCUCAAGCUGGAGCACCUGGCCCUGAUUUACUUUGGAGGACUUUCCAGCUCCUUUCUUUAUACUGGAGGAAUUGGAUUUAAAUAUGUUGCACUUGGAGACGUGGUGAUCCUGAUCACCUUUGGGCCCCUGGCUGUCAUGUUUGCCCAUGCUGUGCAGGUUGGUUAUCUGUCUGUCUCGCCACUGCUCUACGCUAUCCCACUAGCUCUGAGUACUGAGGCCAUCCUGCACAGCAACAACACUCGAGACAUGGAGUCUGACCGGCAGGCGGGUAUUGUCACCUUGGCUAUCCUCAUCGGCCCUGCGUUCUCCUAUAUUCUCUACACUGUGCUGCUCUUCUUGCCUUACCUGAUUUUCUGUGUGCUGGCCACACGCUAUACCAUCAGCAUGGCAUUGCCACUACUCACCAUCCCAAUGGCAUUUUCACUGGAAAGGCAGUUUCGGAGUCAGAACUUCAACAAAAUUCCUCAGCGGACAGCCAAACUCAAUCUCCUCUUGGGGCUUUUCUAUGUUUUUGGUAUUACGCUAGCACCAGAUGCUGCUCUGCCCAAAUUGUAACAAGAGCUAUAGAAUCAGGCCUCACAACUCAAUAUUAACGCUGAUUGGCAGCGGAUGGUGUGGGCAGAUGGCCCAUUACGGACAAUGGGAAGAAUGGAGAGACUGUCUUUAGCUGUGGAUUGUCUUGGAAUCUUAUAAUUUCUGGUCUUGGUUGAUGCAUGAAAAAGACUUUUAAAAAUGUGGUUUAUCGGUUCUUUGGAAGGAGGGAACUGUGCAUCAUGGGGAGGAAGGUGAUGUGAGGACAAGGAAAUAUUUAAAGAACCUCAUCAUUCUGCUGCUGAAUUCUUUCACUGACAACUCAAUGAAAAGGACAUUGAGCCCCAAAUACAAACUCGCUCUUCACAAGCACAGUGAUUGCUCUUAUGACUCCUUUUCUUACCAUGGUCAAGGAGUCCAUUGGCUCCUAUAUGGUAAGCAGAGAACACUGCCAAAUGUUUAGCGUCACACUGAUGUAGGUGCUAUUACUUCACUCUCUUGUGAGCGUAGUUCAUCUUCAUCUGUUGUAUAUUUUAAUUAUUGGGGAUUUUUUCUUUCCUAGCAAAAUUUGGAGCUUUUAUUCCCAAGCCUCUUGAAAUGCACUAGACACUAAUUCAUUAACUGUUGUGUCUUUGUAGUCUAGAAAUUUCAAAGUUACAUAUCUGUCUGGGAUGUCUGUGCUAAAAUGGAGCAUGGAUAGUCCUCUGCACAAACUUUAAGCCAAACCCAGUAAACUUACAUUCUGCUAUGAAAACUGAAACUCUGAAUGCAAAUUGUACAACCAAAAGGCCUUCAAGGAGCAGAAAAACAGUGGUUUCUAUUUUUGCAUUUGCUUAGAAUUUGCUAUCUGAAAUGAGUCUUGGAGUUGAGGGAGCCGACAGAAUGGGCAGUUUCUCUGGGUGGUUAUGGAUUAACGGAUACAUUAGUAGAAGAAUAAAUCUUAGGAUUUUUUUAAAUUUUAAUACAUUUUUUGAAUUGUCCUUCCCUGUUUAUUUAGAGGCCCAGAGAAUUAUAAUCAAAUGUUGUCUUAUAAGAAGCCCAGAAUGAAGCCCAGUUGAGCAAAGGAGAAACAGAUAGGAUUAGAAAAAAGAAGGCAGGGUUAUUACAUUGGCUCUGCAUAAAAAUUAGGACUGGAAACAGGAAGAAACCAGAAUUUGUCACUGAAUCACAUUUAAUUGUUAAGUUAGCUCUGAGUGAAGUGAACUUCCUCACCUCUUUCCCUUCUUGCUACACCUCUAUGUUGUUUUCUCCUGCAUAUCUUGCCACUUGAUAUUCAUGUGGCCAUUUGGAGAACUGAUUGUUUCAGCAACUGUGUAGCAGUGUGGCAAACAUGUCAAACUCCACCGGGAGAAGUGCAGAGAUGAAUUUGAUCCGUUCCAUGUUGCAAAAUGGCAAGUGAAAUCUGUUGAAGAAAAAAUAUUUGUUUACUGUACGCAGGGUUUUGAUGGAAGAUUUGUUUACAGGAGUUGUAGAAAGCUUCAGAGGAAUUGAUGCUGGUGUUGAGCUAGAGCUGCUGGUGCUUGCAGCACAACCUUGCUUUUGAAACAAGUGGGAAUGUGCUGACCACUAUGUGAAGGGCUUUUAAACAUGAGCAAUAAACUAGCGUGGUGUCAUCCUGCCUCUGUUGUAGGUAAUUUAAGCCCUUAUGUCAUUCAUCUGAAAGUGCUGAGUGUUAUAUUGACAGUAAUAAAGCUGAUUGAUGGCACAAGAUUGCAAGGUGUAGCUAUUUAAGUGGCUUUUUAUUUCUUCAUGUUAUCCAAUGUUAUCUGGCUGUUGGUCUCCUGCUUUACAUAUGAGCUGUAGUCAAUGGGAAAGAUUCUUUGUAGCUGUAUUUUAUGAGCCACGGUUUCAUCUUUUAUCAAAAAUGAGCAAAUAAUCUCUCUAAUCUGACUAAGCACAAGACAAGAGGAGGUGGACUUCGGCAACUGUGUGCUGCUUUCUACAGCAGAAUACUUGUCUUGAUGAGAAACAUGGGGAGAAAAUGCAAAAGUUAGCUCAGCUGCAUGGAGGGAGAUAUUCAGAAGGUUUUGGAAACUGUUUUCAAUGCAGACAUACACAGCAUAUUAUCUACUGUUACUUCUUUGUGGACCUACAAAAUAAAAAAGAGCCUGGCUCUCUGAGACCCACUUUUCUGCAAAGCAAAAGCUCUUCUAGGGAUAUGGACUGAGCUGGUGAAUGUUGACCUUGCAACUGGGGAUAUGUGGGUUUCUUAGGCUAAUUCCAUCGAGGCUUGGUUGCUACCCUUUGUGGCAGCCGCAUGCUUUAUUUUGUAGCUUGUUUUUGUAUAGCUCUCAGUUUAAAAGAAUAUACAGUUAUCUCUUUUUUUUUUUUUAUUCCUUUGACAUAAACUACAGCUAAAUUCCUUAAAUUAACUAAUACUUGUAUCUCUGAUAACUGUAAUUGUAAUGGUGGAAGGAUCUAGGAUAUGAUUGAUCAUUGGUGGAGUUGUGUAUAUAACUGGUUGUAUCUAGGCUAUCUUUCACUAGCAGGAAAAGACCCUGUGUAGGAUGUCUGCUUACUACUGGAAAGGACCAGUGCUUUUUGUUACAGAGGUGAAGGAAGAGCUGACUAGUACAUAUACAUGUUUGUGGAACACUUUUCAAGGUGAUGGGGAUACAAAGCAUUUUAAUAGUAAGAUGAAAAUUAGGUAAUUUCUUACUAGCACUUGCUGGUUGCCUCCAACUCCCUGUCUGGGAAAAACUAUCAUUCCAAAUUCUUAAGGGUAUUAAUAGUAAAUAACACAUUCUUCACCAUGGUUUUGAGGAAGUAAUUCAACUUGUUUGUCUCUCAGAAAACAACUAGUUUUUGCCUACCUCACAGGGAUGCUGAGCUGACAUCACUGUAGAAAUCUUUAAAAGUAAAAAAUGCUUUAUCUCUGUGCUUUCCAAAAAAACAUGUUAGUUCUAGAAAACAUUUUAGGUAUGAACUAACCUAACAGGUGACGUAAGCAAUCUAAGUAGAUAAUCUCCAUAUAGACAUUAAGUGGUAAGAGAAGUUUCUUCACUGGUUUGUGAUGAGGAUGCUGGGUCUCUUUCCCUAUCUCUGUCCUCCCUGUCCCGUGCUACUUUCCCUGAAUAUAAACUUUAAAACUUCUUUCAGAUUUGUCUUGAUGAGCUGUAUGGCAACACGAUGAGUCUGCACUGGUAGAUGAACAGAUCUGUAGCCCAUCUGUUAACACAUUCUAAAGAAUCUCCUGGUCUUUCUUCUUAUUCAAUAAAGUGUCUGAAUGUUAUUCUGAUAAUAUAUACUGUGCUUAUUUUUUAUCACUCCAGUUGUGUUUUUGCAGUGUAUUAGAACAUCUUCCUGGGAGAAGGAGGGUUUUUGUCUGCCAUAUUUAUCAUAUCAGUGUGUGAAGAUCCUACUUUUUUUGUGUAAGAGUUGUUUUAUGAAUUGUGUAAUCCUGUCCUUCUGUAUCAUUGGGUAAAAAGUUCAGUGGCAGUGAUCAUCACAUACUAAUGGCAGACUUCAGAGUAGUUUCACUGUUUUCACUCAAUGAGCAUAAUUUUCAUUGAUGCCAUUUUCUGUGCUGUGUAGAAUUCUGCAUUUGUAAGGAGAUUUCAGUUGAACUUUUAGUCUUCAUUAAAAAGAUGGACUUUUCAUCUUCA